AUGUUGGAAGAAAUAAUCGCUUGUUUUUUGUCAUUGUUUUCCGCCUUAACUUUGGAUGCGCCACGACUUUCUCGGCGAGAAAUGAACGACAGUACAAGUCCAUCGGAGCAACGAACACACAAUACAUGGGAGGAUAAAAUUCACAAAGAAUACGUCUCGUUUGAAGAAGAUAAUCCACCAUCAGAAACAGAGUAUGUACAACUAGGGUAUGAACUGCGAAACAGGCCUAGUUAUACCCAGUCAUUACUCAGAAGUUUGAAGGCGAACUUUACCAUAACCUUAGCUGUACUGCCUUUGGCACCUAUAGGGAUGGCGCUUAUAUAUUUUGAUUUAAGAACAGUUGAUUUAUGUUCUGAAUGGGAGGCUAAAAACUACACUCUCUCAUUUGAUAUCGAGAGAAUAAAAUUAAUCGGCGAAGGAUUUCAGACAGUGAUUUUGUAUCUCGCGGUUCCCUCACUUUGUUUUACCUUAUUUGGUUGGACAGAAUUUAAGCGUCAUUAUUCCUCAACUAUCCUAGUAGGCCAACUGGCUGGUUUAUUUAAUACAUUAUUUUUAAGUUUUUUACUCCUAUAUGCUAUUGAUGAUACCAGUCCAAUCGAAACUUACAACGUUCCUGGAAAUUUAAUAUUUGCUGUCGCUACUUUCUGGGAAUCUGCAAUGGUGGUGCGCAAAAUUCAACAAAAUCAACCAACUGUAUCCUACUCAGGCUUCCAUAUUUUCUCGGUUCUUAUCGUACCGGUAUUAAGCACUUUAGUAAUGGGAUUGUUUUACAAAUACGCGGUUGUUAAGUGGUUUAUUUCCCUCCAUAAUGUGUUGUAUAAAUUCAUAUUGGCCAUCUUGACACCGACCUUAGCACUGGUGCCGACUACUUUAUGUAGGCAUAUGGCAUUAUGGCGUACUUCAGAGAUUAUCGAGCCAGAACGAAGCUUUGUGUUGGUUUUUUUCAUACGGGCAAUGUUCAUUACUUUGUAUCGUAUCAUGCAAUCAGACUUUAA